UCAGCUACGUUGUAAAUACACAGCAGCGUUCCGCCGGGGCCAUGCCUUCAUAGGCUCUUUAAAUCACGUCUGACUGAACAGAUUUCUCCCCUCGGACACUCCCCAUCUUUGGACACGUUAUCAGAGUAUUUCUGCCUCGUUUUGGCGCGUUAAAGUAUUGAUAAAGUAUGUACCGGUCUCUGUACGCUUUCCGAUCCGCGGAGCCCAACUCGCUGCACUUCGCAGCCGGAGAAAGCUUCCUAAUCCUGGAGAGGAGCAACAAACACUGGUGGCUGGGCUCCCGAUGCAGUUCGGGGGAAACCGGCUACAUCCCAUCCUCAUACAUCGAAAAAAUACAGGCUCCAGAGCAGGACGAGGUGCUGCAGUCCAUAGACAGAGCUAUCGAAGGAAUCCAUAAUGUGGCCUUAAAAAAUGGAGGCAAAUACAAUCUGGAGCAGAGAGAUGUUCUUCAAAAGUUGAUCCAUCACAGAAAGGAGACUCUGUCACGACGGAGUUCCUCGUCUGCAAGUCACAAACAAGGCAUCCCAUCUUCCAGCAGUGAAAUAUCUCUCAGUCAGACUCCUCCUCCACCCAACGGUCUUAACCGAGAUUAUGGGCGACAGGGGGGCGUGCCACUAUCAGGAAGCAUGGACAAUAUGCAGGGAGAACAGGGCUUUUACCAGGUGCCUCCUCAGCCUCGGCGUGCGGCCCCUAUCACACCCCCUCCUCCUGAGAAACAGCGAAACAGCCGACGUGCAGAGCCAGAGCCCCCCUCCAGAGUGUCUUCUCUCCCUCCGUCCCCCGCUCCCUCUCUCUCAAUCAGCACCACCACUACAGAGUCUGGCUCCUCCCAUUCCCUGGUUUCUUCUGAUGUCAGUUUGCCCAGUGUGUCCAGCACCCCUCCUCCUCCUGUGCCAUCCCGUGUGAAGCCCUCGGCACUGCCUCUAGACGUGCCCUCUGAUUCCUCUCCUCAGCCAGCUCCUGCAAAGAAAAGCCUGGCUCCACAGCCUCCCUCCCAACCCGCUGUGGAGGACCAGCCGGAAAAUGAAUGGCCAGUUGCCCCCCCUUCUGUUGCUGAAAGCCCUCCUGGCAGCCCCACUACCUCUGAGCCAAUUCCCAUGACCAUUGGGGCCGAGCUGAUCGAGCUGGUACGGAAGAACACGAGCCUGAGCUACGAGCUGUCACGUGUAGCCGUGGGCGUGGUGGUGGGCCACUUGCAGACUGCUUUACCUCAGGCCUCCUCUGCCCUGGAGCAGGUCCUCGUCUCCCUGGUGGAGAGCAAGGAUUUGAGUGCAGCGCUGCCGCAGGGUCAGGUUUGUCACGAUGAACAAAGGCUGGAGGUGAUCUUUGGCGACCUCGCCCGUCACCGUGACGACUCCCAGCAGAGGAGCUGGGCGUUACACGAAGACCACGCUCUGAUCGCCUGUUACCUGGAGGAGCUGCUGAAAAUACUGACUGAUGCUGAUCCAGAGGUGUGUAAGAGGAUGUGCAAAGCUGACCACAGUGAAAAUGUGAUGUCGCUAGUUUCAUAUUAUCAGAUGGAACAUCGAGUGUCUCUUAGGCUGCUGCUGCUCAAAGUGUUCGGUGCCAUGUGCAGUCUGGAUGCUGCCCUCAUCUCCACCUUCCUCAACUCCAUCCUUCCCAUGGAGCUGGCCAGAGAUCUGCAAACUGACAUACAAGAACACCAGAAAAUGUGCUACACCGCUUUGGUACUUACAAUGAUCUUCUCAAUGGGCGAACAGGUGCCAUAUCAUCACUAUGAACACUUGAAUGCAGACUUUGUUCAGUUUCUGCUGGAUGUGGUGGAGGAUGGGCUUCCCUCCGAUCCCACAGAGCAACUCCCUGACAUCUUCCUAAACCUCCUGUUGUCCUUCAACUUGCACCAUACAACACCCAGCAGCAAUGUUAUCAUGCAGGAACUGAAGAAGAAAAAUGUCAAGAUCCUUUCAGAGAAAGUGCUGUUGCUUCUUAAUAGAGGGGACGACCCGGUUUGUAUGUUCAAACACACCCCGCCUGCUCCGCACUCUGUACUCAAGUUCCUGCAGGAUGUUUUUGCCAGCAGAGAGACUGCUGAUAUCUUCUACAGUACUGACAUGAGGGUGAUGAUUGACAUCGCUGUCCGACAAAUUUCUGACCUUUCACCUGGAGACAAGCUGCGAAUGGAGUACCUGUCCCUCAUGCACUCCAUAAUACGCUCAACAGACUACCUGGAACACCAGCACCGUCUGUCUGAUCUGCAGGGAGCGCUGCAACGGAUCCUCAGAGAGGAAGAAGAUCCAGGAGAGGAGGACGGAAGCGCUACAGCGAAGCAGAUGGAUAAGCUAAUUGUGCAGCAGAUCUACAAGGAGUUCCCACAGAUCUGUGAGAACCACAACUAACCAUAUCAGUAUCAAGCUGACACACUGUAGUCUGCUCCUGUCCACUGCAGGGAGGUACAAUAAAGCUUGAAGAAGAGGAACUUUGGUUUGAUUGGACGCCCUGUUUUCUGUGCCAGUUUUUCUCGAUUCUUUGUUGGACUCUUCUGGGGCUGCAGCAUUCUUGCUAUUUUUGUGGUAGGAGGUUUAUUUUUUACAAGGGAGAAAAAUGCAAAAAGCUGUGAAGUUUAGUCAUUAUUGAGGAUUAAAAAGCCAAAAUAAGUUACCCAACAAUAAAUUCCGAGCAAUAAUAAUGUUAAAAAUCAUGCAUGGAGUAUUGUAGGUACUUAGUAUUAUGGGUUUUAAGUAACAGUAACCAAAACUAAACAUUUUCUGAACAAAAUAACACCAAGGAAACUUUAUUUGUAGAAAAAUAGGACAAAUUCAAAUAUUUUGAAUGAAAGGACAGGUUUUAAGUUAAGUCACAGAUAUUAGUGCCAUAGGUUGAACUGCUCUGAGAUUACUUUGAACCUUUAUGUGCUUCCCUGUAAAUGGGACCAAAUUACUGUGUGUUACCAAAAGCAUUAUUUUCUUAAUAGAUAGAAUAACCUGAAUUUCCUUUGUCCUUCAUCUAAUCAUUCAUUAGUGUUAGAAUAAAAUCAAGUGAAAUAUGGAGGAAAAAAAGCACAUUCUCACAACUCAUCUUUUAUCAUAAUUAACUGAUGAAUUGCUGCUACAUAUCAAGUUUUUCCUGUAGCUCUGUCUGCAAUCACUCAAUCUGGUACUUUCAUCUCUCUUCUGCUUUUCAAACACUUAAAGGCAAUCGCUCUGCACUUACAUAUGCAAGCAUCACCUCAAGCAUCAGAACUCAAUGACUGUUUACAGAUUCAUGUCUGUAACACUGGAGGGUUUUUGUCCAUAUGCUGCAUUCAUCUUCAAUCUUAACUGUGCUGCACUAAGGCUUAAUAAAAGCUUGUAAUCUUGCUGUAAUACGCAGAGUAUUAGCAGAUGUGAGCUGCAGGUUCCUUGAGUUCAAAGUCUUCUGCAUUUACUAUACAAAAAAGAUACUUACAAGUGUUUCUUUAAUCAACAGAUGCUCUUACUGAAACUCAAGGAAGGCGGGGUGCAGAACGUUUCUUUUAUCUCCUUGUGGUUUAAAUACAACACACUUCCUUAUUUCUCCCUUACUGUGUGGUGGUUAUUGUUGUUUCCCAUUUUAAACUUUGGCUUACCUUUUAUUGUCCCUGGCAUGGCUCCUCCGUCUGGAAACAUGUUUCUAAGAAGGUAGACACAACUCAAAAGAAGUGUUUUUGAUUUUGAGUUAAUGUCUGAAUAUUCAUACAUUGAUAAUUUGUUUACAGUAUGUGUGAGAGAGGUGAGUGUCUCUUCUUGCUAUGAUUAACAUUGUCUACAAAAGUGCUGCAACUGUGCUCCAACAGAACUAAUAAAGCUAUAUUUUAA